AUGAUCUGAAUGUGGAAAUGGAGCUGUUUGAGGAAGCCAAGGCUGCCACACGUUUCAAAACUCUAGUAUCUAAUUUUUCACGGCAACAAAAAAGAAUUUAUGGCAAAGAAUUAAGCGAUUUUAAGCUUUUUACGGGAAUUAAAAUGUCAUUUAAAUAGCGCAAUACCGGGGCAAGAAGUGCAAUAAAUAGUGCAAACAUAAAAUAACAAAUAAGAAACAGCGACGCAGUGUCGAAAAAGCAGACACCAAAUACAUAUUUUUUAUGCUGUAAAGAAAGCCAGGAUAAUGGAGCAAAUCUCCAGCAAUAGCGCAAUUCUUGCCGAACAGGAGCUGGAAAUGAACUGUGGCACAGGAACAGGAGCAUGCAGUAGCAGUGGCGACACCAUUAGCGCCACACAUGAAUUCCAAACAAUGAAACCGGGUGCAGGUCAGAAGCUCCAGCAACAACAACAACAACAGGGAUUGGGAAAUGGACGCACUGAGCUUCCACAUAGCGAGCUGGUCAAGAUGCUGUAUUAUCUGGAGGGUGAACUGCAGGCACGUGAUGUUUGCAUUGCCGCAUUGCGAAAUGAGCGUGUUAAACAAUUAAUAACCCAAUUGCGAACGAAGCGUGUGCAACCAAAUGAUCCGUAUGCAUCGUUAUUCCGGGAUAAGAUUGCCCUGAAUGGCAAUCUGAUAUCCCGAGAGUCAUCCACCCAGGCAGCCCAGGCCGAAAUGGAGGUGCGUCAAAUAAUUGAGCAGCAAAUGGAACAACAAUAUCAAAUGGUUAGCAAACAACGUGGGACACAUGUCCGUAUGGUUAAUAUCCUAACCGAAUCGCUGGAGAACAAUCAGCGCAUGUUGCAGCAAUUGGAGGAGGAGAGGCGCAAGCAUGAGCAUGAUACCGCUCAGGGUGAUGAUAUAACCUAUGGCCUCGAAAUGGAGCGCACCAAAUUGCGACAGCAACUGGAGGCGGAACAUGCGCAGGUGGCCAACAUGGAGAAGGAUCUCAAGAAGCUGCAGGAGACACUGGAGUACGAGCGCAACAGGCAGAAGCAAAUUGUGCUACUGCUCAUUGCCGAGCGUAAAAAGAUCUUGAUGAAGUACAUUGAGGAGGGCAAACGAUCCGAGGAUUUGGCUCAAAUUCUAGCCGAGGAGAAGCAACGCUCGGACACCAUAGCUGAGGGCCUCGAGGAGGAGAGCAAAAAGUCGCUACGCAUGGAGGAGGAACUGGAGAAACAAACACAAUCCAUGGACCUCGAGCGCAAGACACUAAUGACCAAAUUGGCCAAGGAAGAGCUGCGUGUCAAGGAGUUGGAGCAGGAGUUGAACACGCUGCGUGGCGAUCACGAGGCAUUGAAGAAGCAACAUCAACAUCAGCUGCAAUCGGUGGCAAGUGGCGCCUCAACGGUGGCAGCUGCCACAAAAGCGCGUCAGUUUAGUGAGGAUGCAUGUGCCCCGCCCAUGGUGAACAUUGCAAAAAUCGUGCAGCCAACCGCCACAGUGAGCAGCAUGCCGGUCUCCGGUCCCCAGACGGGCAUUGCCCGCUCCAUAGUGCCAGGCCAGAAUAUACGCAGUGCCGCCGUUGGCAUAGCCACAGUUCCCACAGGCACAGCCACUGCACCCACAUCCAAUCACAUCAAUACGGCGACUGCAACAGAUGGAACUGUUGGAACAACUAGUGCUCCAGCUCCAGCUGCUGCUGUUAUUGUGGCUUCAGUUACAUCAUCAUCAUCAACAACAGCUCCAUCGCCGGCCAAAAUGCAGCCCACAGCGACCAUUCAACGUGCUCCGGGUGGAAAAUAUGCAGCACUGGCUGCUGCCGCUGCUGCUUUGGAUCAGACGGCAACACAGCCGCAUCCACAUCCACAUCCAGUGCCCAUUGCAGUGCCACCAGUUACAGUGCCACCGGCUGGAGCACGCGGUGCACCGCCACCCAUACCGACCAAGCCAAUUGUACCACCCAAACGGGAGCCAUCGCUAUCCCGCUUGGGUUCCAUAACGAGCGGCAGUGCAGCUGCCACAGCCACCGCAAUUGCCGCUGCUGCGGCGGCAGCAACAGCUGCUGUGGCAGCCACCGCAACAGCAACAACAACAACUACGGCAGCCUCGACGAGCGCAGCGGCGGCGGCAACAACAGCAACAACAACGGCGAAACAUAAUUAGGCAACUUCCUACAACAUCCUUCGACUUAUAAUAUAUACAUUAUAUAUAUAUAUACAGAUAUAUGCGGCACUCA